AUCGAAUAAACGUUAGUUAGCCCUGAAAAAAACCUAAAACAAGUUUUAUUAUAAACGCGCGUCGUCGGCUAAACUCUUAAAAGAAAAUAUGGAAAAGCCUCGCGAAAAAGUUUUCUUUCGUAAAGACAGUCUUCCCAACGUUUCGAAAAAUACCGAAAAGGACAAAGAGAAGCAACGGCCCCGAAGCCGCAGCGUUUACACCAGCAAGUCUCAUAAUAGUGAUGGAUCGAGUAGUAAUCGCGAUUUGAAGCAGUACGAUAUUUACCCGUGGAUUUCCAGGGCUAUUUCCAAGAAUUUGUAUAUCGAAGAAUACAAUCAUGACGUUUGGCAUGAAGAUGGUGCAAUGGGUGGCCCGUCGGUUACCCCGCAAGGAAUUAUCACCUUGCGAUUACACGAUAGGGUGCGAGUUGAUAUUUCUUUGGAUCGAGCGAUUCGCGUGGUCAAUAUGCGCAGCGGAAUCGUGUUGUCUUUAAGCUCUUCCGGUUCUUCAGCAGCUUUAAUACACCCGAAUGGAAGAGUUUACCAAUAUGGGUCGCGUGUGGAGAUUUUAGCAAAUGAUUCACAAGGAAAUAAUAAAUACGCAAAAAUGUGGUACAAAGGCGUAAGUUUCACAAGCGAUCAAUGCGCUUUGGUUUACCUGGUGGAUUCGGCAGGAACAAGAACGACAACCGACACAUUUUCAGAUUUAAGCGGCGAUUUUUCUUUGACCGUUUUCUACAGUGAUAGCCAAUACUCGGAUCCGUCGAUUGGGGGGCCCAAUUUGAUUAGCGAGGCGGUGUCUUUACUGCAUUCGUCGAGUUUUUGGGUAACGGACGACGGAACCGAUAAUUGGAUCAUUAAUAAUGUUCGAAUCUCACAAACGGCCGAUGGUUUAGUUCGUGUUGGAAGAAACAGUAACAAAUUUUCAUUGAGAACAUCUCCAAGUAAUGGGUCAGCUUCUGUGAGUUCCCCUUUUUUACAUUGUACUGGUUCAAUGGGGCAAACUCGCCAUUUAUUUGUACGACGUGGUGAGCGUCGAAUGCAUUACGAUGGCGCGAGUUUUAUCGUAAGAAAUGCGGGUCACUCGGCCGGUUUCGACGACAAACACCAAUUGAAGGUGUACUAAAAUAAUUUUUGUCAACAAAAAAAGGUUUUUUUUUUAAUUAACUUUUUUGUUUGGGUUAUCCUCUUUUUUUUGUUAAGUUUGUUUCAUUUAAGUUUUGUUGCCUCCGCGACAGCUGCUUAAAAAAAUGUCUUUUUUGUGUAAAAGUGAUUGAAAAGUGUAACGGAAAAAGUAUAACCAUUAGGCGUUUAAGGCGAAAAGUGUAUUUUUGAUUAAGUUUUUUUAACGUGGUUUAAAAUGAGGCAGCUGUCGCGUUUAAAUAAAAAAAAUAUAAUUUGGGAUCGAUAAAACGGGAUUUUUGUUGCACGUUUUAGCCGGUUUGGGGUUCGAAAUAUUUUACAUAAAAGAAAAGGAAGGAUAAUAUUGGUCAUUUUUAGUGGAAAAUGUUUUUAAUUUUUUUUUCUUAUGUAACGUGGAUGAUGUUGCAAUAAAAAACGUUUAAAAUUUUAAA